CCGAAUGGAGGUGGGCAGCAUCUGCCCAGCCUUGGGAAGUGUGGAUGGCUUUGGGGAUAGCUCUGCUAAUUCUGCAUGUUGACAUAGUUGGGGCUAAAGAAACAGAGGUUGUGACCUGAGGCUUGUACAGGAGCAGGGUGGGAGGCAAAAGGAUCUGUCUGCAGCAGGCAGGUGGGCCUGGGGUAGGGCAGAGAGCACUGGUGACCUGGCCCAGGACUGGAGCAGGGGUGCCUCCUGCCAAGUGGUGGCAGGAGUAGUCCUCGAUGUUUGGUGGGUGACACAGAGAGGAUGGGUCUGGACUGCACUGGACAAGCAAGAUGGCUCACUGAGCGACUGCUUCCCUCUGCCAGGGCCACAGGUGUUGGGGGGUUCCUGCUGCACAAGCCCUGCUGGGGUCUCCUGGAGCCUGCUGACUCAGCCAGGGGACCUGUCCUUUGAGCCACCUCCAAGGAUUGGGGAUGUGACCUUGCUGAGAUGGGGCCUUGCUGGCUGCCUGGCAGCUGUCUGUGUGAACUUUACACCUGUGGGUGUCAGGGACAAAGUAGGUUCAAUGUUUCCACUACCCCAACCCAGCAUCUCACAACCUUGGUCACCUUGGCUGCCAUCAGCAGCCACAGAUAGGUUGACUGAGUGGUACUGAGAGCCUCACCUUCAGUGCUUCCAAGCCAGGGCCGGGACUGCCCCCUGCAGCACCCUAGGGACUCUGAUGGAGGAGGCACUACACUCUGUCCUCAUCCCCAGGACACCUUCUUUAAUGCAGGCUUCCUGGGCCACUCUGCUCUGAGCUCAUUCCUGACACAUGAGGCUGACACACUGCCAUCCCGCUCUGCCCAAUGGUGGCCUUCCCUGUCCCCAACUCUUGUGCUCUGAGAAACUACUGUUAUACACAAGGCUGAGUCUCACAGAGAACCAGGAAAGCCAGGAGGAGCCAGGCACAUGCACAAAAUGAGUAACAUGAAAUUCUGUCAGUAGAACACACAAAAGCAGCAGCUCAAUCCACAGUGCCCAGGGCUUCACAGAGGUUUUGCUACCACCACAUGGGGCAGCAGUUGGCCCGACAGCAAAGAGCAGGGGCAGGCUGGGGCCUUGGGGCCUAGGGUGGGGAUGACCCAGCUCCAUGGUGAGGCAGGACAACUCAUGGCCUGGGAGUAGAACACCUGAUCCUCAGAGUGCACGUGGGAACACCACUUGCUAUGUGGGCAGCAUAAAGCUGGCUUCAGGAAUUCACCAGGAGGAAAUUUAUUGAAAUACAUGCUAUGAGAAAUGGCCAGGGGUCAAGAGGGGACUGCACAAAAGGACUUGCGAGCAAGCGUUUCUGUGACUGCAGACCUGUGCCAGGGCUGUGGGAUUGGUGGCAUUCAGCAAGAGUGGAUGAGAGCUGGCAUAGGGUUGACAGCCUUGUGACAUGAUGGGUGUGGGGCAAACAGUCACUUGUGACGAGACCACACUCUGGCCACUGGAUGAAUAUCCUAAAAUAGUUGUUGAGGCCUGCUUUGCAGAGUGGAGGAUUUCCACAGGUGUGUCUCCAUGACAUCCUACUCAUGAGAGUGAAUGUAUUUACAGGAAGGUGCGGGGACAUGUACACAGAUGCCAAUAUGCCCACUGCGUCAUGCUGAUUGAUGAUCUCUGGGUGAUGGGAUCCUGGGUGAUUUUUGUCAUGCGGUGAUUUUCCUUUCUGCUUCCUGUUUCUGAGACAAACCCGGUUGCCACGGAGAUCGUGCUGUUGUCAAGGCAGCUGAUUGGCUGACACCCGGAUGCAGGAUACUUCACUAGGUCCGAGUGGGUCAGCCUGCAUUGCGCAGCCUGGCAGCAACAUGGACAGGCCUGGGACAGACGUGUGGGUGGACACCUUUGCCCAGCUCAUGGCUGAGAGGAAGCCCCAGGACCUCUGGGUUCUGCAUCCCCAGGAGAACCUGGUCACCGGGCACCUGGACAGCAGUGGUUUCCAGUACUGGCUGAAGGGGCUUUCAAGGCUCCAGUGCAACCGCUGUCCCUGGACCUGGAGCUCUGCCCAUGUGCGCAUUCUCUUCCGCCUAUGGUGGGACAGGGACUACCGCCGAGGGCAUGUGCGGAUGCGCCUAUGGGGCCCAAAGUGCAGGCUGUGCCCACCGGAUGCCCCUGGGGAAUGCCACGUGAGCCCUUCCCACAUCCGGCCUCUUGUCCGAGAGCUGGUCCUGCACAUACUGCGGACCUGCUAUGGGGACAGCCCAGGACAGGGCUCCAAGAGCCGUGUUGGGGAUGGCUGCGAGGCCUGUGAUCUGGGUGUCUGCUUCCUCCAGACAGAGCCCGAGCCUGCUGCAGGGCUCGUGGCCGUGAGCAUGGAAGCCUGGGAAAGCAGGGGCUCUGGACAGGGUGGUAAGGCUACCACAGCUGGCCCUGGCAGAGGCCCCCUGGCCAAGUAUGCCAGGGACCCCAAACCUGUCACCAUCCCCAUCCUAAUGAUCGACUUCAUGGAGGAUCCCUUCUCCGAGAACAGCGAUUUCUUUGACCAGGGUGACCCCAUGGUCACCAUUCCCUUCUCCCUUGUGGAUACCUUGGAUGGCCAUAGUCAUGUAGUGCUUCGGGAGGUCACUGGCCAGGGCUCCAUCUACCUGGCAGGAAGCUCUGGGGCUGUGCCUGAGGGGCAGGUCAUCCCAGUGCAUUUCAGAGCUCCUGUCUUCCCUGGCCAGGGCAGCAUUUUGGAGACCUUUGAGUUCCCGGGCUUCCUCUUUGGAGGCCAGGACUCCCCACCCAGCCCUGUUGGCAUGGCUAAGGGCCAGGGCCCCAUAUCCUUCAGUGCUGGCUGCCUGGCUCCUGGGAAUGCCUUUCCUUCUGUGUCCUAUGUCAUUGGCCUGCUGGCCAAUGGGGAGGGCUCUGUCACUCUCCCUUUAUCUCUAACCAGCAUCUUCAGGGACCGGAACACCCUCAACCGCAUCCCCAAAGGCAGCGGGAGGGGAGAUGGAGGCCAGAGCCGGGCCACUGAUGGUCACAAUUCCCCUCUGGAGACCUGCAUGGGGCAUCGUGCUGCCAGCAAGGGGGGCUCUGUCAUCUUUCCCUUCACCUUUACUGACAACGCCCAAGGCAAGGACUCUCUUAGUGACAUCGCCAGAGGCAGAGAUAAGGGAGCUAGUGCAGAAGGCCCAGUGUCCAUCAUUGCCACCCAAGGCUCCAUCACCAUCCCAUCCUCAGUCCUCAGGAUGGCAGGAAGCAUGGGCCCUGGUGAUCCCCAGCGCUGUGGCUUACUCGCCUUCCACCACUAUAAGAGGAGAUGGCUGAGGUCCGGAUUUGGCAAGUCCAUCGGGGAGGAAGCUGCCAGCCCCCGCAAGGUCCACCGCAGGCCCCGCCCUGAGCGCCACCAGGACUUCUGGGUCUGGGUGUCUGUGACCAUCUGUGCUCUGUGGCUGCUCUGCAUGUACAAGCUGAACCUCGCUGGCCUAUAGGAGCCUGAUACCCGCUCUGGCAGCCCCACCAUACCCUCCAGAGGCUCACCCUGGGAAAAUGUCCCCACCCCACAGCCAGCAACUGAUGCCCUCUUUCCUGUCCUGUGUCCUUGGUCCCUUUCUUGACAUGAGUUCUGAUUUUGUGAAUGCCCACUGUGAGUGUCUUGUGAACUGUAAAUGUGUGUUAAACUCAACAAAUAAAAACCAAGC